CGGGAGUUGUAACUUACUGGGGAGAAAACAAAGUUGUGGCUUUGAAAUCUCCGGAGAUCGUUGUCCACUCUAGUACUUCAGGAAUGUCUCUGAACUCUUAGAAUCAAGGAAACCUGGUUGCUCCAACCAGUCCCUAUUUGAUUCGAUGAUCCUGCAGCGUUGGAUCGGUAUUCUUUGAUCACAUCAAAGAACUAGAGUUUCAAGACUUAUAGCAAUCGCCCUCACCGUAUCAUAAACUGAAGCCAAGGGACACGUAAACGUGGUGAUGACGAAAUGGUGGAGUAAGAGUGAAAUCAGGGCAGUGGAUUUGCAUUUCGUGAUGGAAAAUUUUUUAAGAGUGUUGUUGUUUGUGCAAGUGGUAUGGGGAGGCAACCCUGCUGUGACAAACUUGGGGUGAAGAAAGGUCCAUGGACUGCAGAGGAAGACAAGAAGCUCAUCAACUUCAUUCUCACCAAUGGCCAGUGUUGUUGGCGUGCUGUGCCAAAGCUUGCUGGCCUUAGGCGUUGUGGCAAGAGUUGUCGCCUUCGUUGGACUAAUUAUCUUCGCCCAGAUUUGAAGAGAGGACUCCUCACACAAGCAGAGGAGCAACUUGUUAUUGAUCUCCAUGCCCGUCUUGGCAACAGGUGGUCCAAAAUUGCUGCCAGGUUACCCGGAAGAACGGACAACGAGAUUAAAAACCAUUGGAACACACAUAUCAAGAAAAAACUCCUGAAAAUGGGUAUUGAUCCCGUUACUCAUGAACCUCUCGUUAAACAAGCAGCAUCGCAGGAUAGUUCACCCUCCCCCUCAGAGCAUUUGCCACAGCCUGAGAAUAACCUCGAUCAGGUGAAGGAAACUGAUGGGGUUCUCAACUCAGAGGAGAAUUCAAGUUCAUCCCAAGCUGAAAACUCUUCUGGGGAUGAUUCACUUUUGCUAGAUAGCAUUUGCAGUGACGAUUCUCUGUUAAACACCCUGUGGCUGGAUGAAACUCCUCUGAUGGAAGCAUUAUGGGACACAACACCCAAACUAGAGAAUAAUACUAACAGUAACACGGGUUUGGUACCAUCUUGGGAGGACAACUGUGCUUGGUUAUUGGACUGUCAGGACUUCGGUAUUCAUGAUUUUGGGUUUAACUGUUUCAACGAGAUAGAGUCAAAUGCACUGCAUACCAUAGAAAUGAAGGACGAGAAGCAUUAACUACACGCAUGCAGUAAUAGAUCUGGUGAAGGGAAUUAAUUGUCUACGAAACAAACAAUCAGGGUAAAAUAUCAAAUCUAUUAAUGUGACCAAAUACCACGGGCUCAAAUUUAUGUUCUUGGUGUUCAAUUUUA